AUGGGCAAUACAGUCCAGCUCAACACAUCCAAUUCAAUCCACAGCUACUAUCCCUUGGGGACAAAUCUGCCACAUUAUGUCGCAAACCAGGACGGCACCUUAUCGCUCAUUGUGCAGUUCGGCGCUCUCUGGGCAGCGGCCAUCGGAAUAGCAUACAUUAUUAUCCGUCGUGUGCGACCGACAGCAAGUACAUCCGAUCAGGGCGCGUUUCUCUGGAUGUGUUUAACGGGAUUUAUCCAUCUAUUCUUCGAGGCGUACUUCGUGGUGAACCAUGCUACGCUUGCAGGCUCGGGGACUCUGUUCGGCCAGCUGUGGAAGGAAUACUCCCUUUCUGAUUCUCGCUAUCUUACGUCAGAUACCUUCCUUGUUUGCAUGGAGGCUGUUACUGCUUUCGCCUGGGGCCCAUUGGCUUUCUUCAUUGCGUACUGCAUCGCAGUACGACAUCCUGCGCGCUACGCCCUACAGUUGAUUAUCUCCACUGGACAGAUCUACGGUGCUGUGCUGUAUUACACUACGAGCUUGUUGGAUCUCUACGACAACGGUGUGGAGUUUUGUCGUCCGGAGGGGUAUUAUUUCUGGUUCUAUUAUUUCUUCAUGAACUUCAUAUGGAUGGCCGUCGGGUCUUAUUUUGCAGUGGAUAGUGUCCGGGAGAUUACGAGGGCGUUCAGAAGUCUAGGUGAGAUGGAAGGAGGUAAAAAGGGAAAGUAA